AUGUUGCAGUUCAUCCGUAAGGAGGUUCAUGAUCAUGUAGCAGAACGCAGGAUUCGACGGACGCGGCUCGUGAGCAAAGACGGCCACUGUAACAUUGAAUUUGGCAAUGUUGCUUACCAUAGCCAUUUUGCUUACCUGAUGGACUUCUGGACCACAUUUGUUGAGAUCCGAUGGCGUUUUGUUAUACUUUUUUUUGUCGCCGCUUUCACUGGGAGCUGGUUCGUCUUCGGGCUGCUGUGGUACUUCAUUGCAAAAAGCAACGGGGACCUGGAGGAAGAGAAUGUACCUGAUGGUCAUUUAAAGUGUAUUGACAACAUAAACAGUCUCACGGGUGCCUUUCUUUAUUCCUUAGAGACACAGACCACCAUUGGAUAUGGUGGACGAGCUUUGACAGGUCAUUGUGCCGAAACAGUGGCCCUUCUUGUCAUCCAGUCUCUUUUGGGAGCCAUAAUAAACUGCUUCAUGUGCGGCUUGAUCCUGGCCAAAAUCUCCCUCCCGAAAAAUCGUGCCAAGACUGUUACCUUUAGUGACACGGCUGUGAUCUGUUUGAAGAAUAAAAACCUGUGCUUGCAGAUCAGAGUCGCAAACCUUCGGAAAACACUGCUCAUUGGAAGUCAUAUUUAUGGCAAGCUUUUGAAAACCAGUUUUACUCCAAAUGGAGAACCCAUAAUCUUGGACCAGGUCAACGUAGACUUCCUGGUGGAUGCCGGCAAGGACAACCUCUUCUUCGUUUGUCCUCUGACGCUGUACCAUGUCAUUGACAGUUCAAGUCCUUUUUCAGAGAUGACUGCAGAUACACUUCAGCAGCAGGACAUUGAGUUGGUGGUAUUCUUGGAGGGAAUGGCUGAAUCCACAAGUUCGUCAUGCCAGGUUCGCACAUCCUACAUCCCACGUGAGAUCCAAUGGGGCUACUGCUUUCUGCCCAUUAUCUCCCGAACCAAAGGGGGAAAAUACCGGGUUGACUUCUCUAAUUUCUCCAAAACUAUUCCAGUGGCCACGCCUCAAUGCCCUAGCUGCUAUCUAAAUGAACCAAACAAAGAUUUUGUACGUUGUCAGCAUGGACAGCAAGGCAUCGACAACCCUGGGUUUGAGGUAGUUACUACUGAAGAUUUGGGGGACAGUGCGCAAAAGUGA